AUGCUUUUCUUUCACAAAAACAAAACCCUUCAGAUCCAGGCCAAUGACAGCGCUCCCGAGGUAAACACCACAUCAGGUACAAUUGUUGGCAAGCUGGAGACCCUACCAAACGGCAAAACUGUGUAUGAAUAUCUUGGUAUCCCGUAUGCUGAAGCUCCGGUAAAAGAAUACAGAUGGGCAGCUCCAAGACCAAAAAAUUGGACAGGAACCAAGGAAACGAAAGAGUUUGGAGCGGCAUGUCCACAACCGGAAUUCAAUAUACCGAACUUCAAGAGGGGAAAAAGAAACGGUAAGAUGAAUAAAGUUCUUUUAGUAUUCGAAUGUCAUUGGGAGUGUGUCCAGGCAGUUCUCAAAGGCGAUUGCUUUGCAUCCAUAGGUUCCACAAGCUCUGCUGUAAGAAUACUGAUCUAGAAGCGAGAGGAACUAGGAGAUUUAGCUAACUAAAGCUUUCAAGAGAAGGGUCCUUGUUUUUUGUUAAUUUUAAUUUAUUGAUUUAUUCUUUUACUCUCACAGAAAACGAAAAUUGUCUUUUCUUGAAUGUGUUUGUGCCAAAUAAUCCAAAAGGCAAGAUGGCGGUGAUGGUGUGGAUUCAUGGCGGAGGCUUCGCCAGCCGUUCCUCUGCUAAAUACCGUGGCUUUUCUCUUGGUUCCUCUACUGAAUAUCCAGCUCACGUUUUAGCAGGCUAUAAUGACGUCAUUGUCGUGACAUUCAACUACAGGCUAGGAAUUCUGGGAUUCUUGAACGUUCCUGAGAAGGACCAAAAGGGAAAUUAUGGGAUGUUGGAUCAGGUAACAGAGAGAAAUGUUACUUAAAAUUGUCAGGCCUUGUAACCCCACACUAAUGGAGGACGUUUGAGAAGGCAUGGGAAAGGGUCUGGGGAGAGGUGAAAAAUCAACUCCCCUUUCUCAUCGUUUUUUUUUUUUUUAAUUUUUAUUGUACUUAAUGAAUAUUUUUGCUUGAUAAUGACGUCCAAGAGCGUCGAAACGUCGUUUAUUUUUUAAUUAGUUAAAAAUUUCUUAAAUGUUUUUAAAAAAGUCAGUUUCGCAUUUUUUUUGUAGCUGUGUUUUAAAAAGUCGCUUCUUUUUAAUAUAUUUUACAUAAUGGCCACCUUAUUUACAAUGUAAUUUACGUAGUUUUUCCCUCAACCUUGAAGACUGUGACUACAAGCAUAAAUUAUCGAUUCCUCAUGCCAAAAAUAUCCCAGCACUGCAACACCACCUGCUCCCCUCGGCCUUUCCCUAAUAAGGUUAACCUGGUAUGGAUUUAAAUCCAAUAUCAAAUUUACGCAAAACGUCAUAAUUUUAAUUUUCUUUUUAUCCUUGGCUCUUGGUAAAAUUAAUAAUCGUAGAAUUCAUAAAUGCCCUUCUACUCCCAGGCAAUUUUUAUCAAAAGCAAUCAACUUCACUUCUUGUAAUUUGAUUUCUCUCCACAGAUUCAGGCAUUGAGGUGGGUUCGAGGCAAUAUUGCCCGUUUUGGAGGUGAUCCCAAAAACGUGACUGUGUUUGGUGAAGGUACAGGAGCAACGAGUGUCGCCUUGCAUUUAAUCUCGCCUAAAUCAAAAGAUCUGUUCCAAAGGGCCAUCAUGCAAAGCGGUGCCGCGUCAGCUCCCUACCUACCAAGAAAGGCAGGAAACGAGUCAGUACAAAAGCUAGCUGCUGCUGCAAACUGCUCUUUUGACGACAACCUCAUCACCUGUCUUCGUGAAAAAAGUGCUGGGGAAAUCAUUUCUUUGCAAUCUAGUAUCCCUACCAAAGCCCUGAUGGAACUCAGCAACCCCGUUAUUGAUGAUGAUUUCAUAGAAGGAUCUCCUCAGAAGCUGUAUCAAAAGAAAAAAGAUUUUGAUAAUGUUCAAAUCAUGGCUGGAUUUACAACCCACGAGUCAUCUCUAGACGUCUUUCUGAGGCUGGGGAAUGCGGGCCAAGUCUCGAAAGAAGAGUUUAAAAAUGUGACAGGAACCCUCUUGGAAGGACUCACACAAAACAAAAUCGUGGAGCAGCUGGUUCAGUACCAGUACGCAGAUGAUUCUGACACAACAGCAAGAGACAGGAUGAUUAACUUUCAAAGUGAUUUUAUGACGGUGGCGCCAAUGCUUUUUGAGGCAAAGGCUUUAACGAAGGUAAUUUACAAAAAAAACACACACACACACAAAACUUGUUAUGAGCGCGGGGGUUACUCAGCAAAACGGCCUUUACCCGGAGGCUCUGCCCGAAAGGGGAGUUUUUUGUUGUUGUUUUCAGCCUUCCAGAAUAUAAAAGGAUAGUGGGUUCACUUAAGUGGAAAGAUAUGAAACAGUAUAGAAAUCUGUCACUUCGAUUAAAAAGGACCUGAAAGUGCUUAGAGACGCAUUUUGUGGCUAUGAAAGAGACACGAAAGCUGCCUGGUUUAGUGAUUUACUCACAUUAAAAAGACACUGUGCAUCACGCCAGGAGUUAAAUGGGAUAAAGUGAUCAAAACUAGGUAUGUGAACGGGUCAGUAACGAAAAUACGAAAGGGGUAUCUUUUCUAUCAAAAGAGUAUAUAAAAGGGUAAGGGGCUGGAUCUCUAAGCGGAGCCUUCGCGUACGAAAUUAAUUUCACCCCUUUACCACUUUUAAAUACUAGGUUAAUCAACAAGUAGGCAAAUGCAAAAUGAUCGACUACAUCAUUAAUCAGCCCUUACUUGGUCCUGCCAAGAUGUACUGAACCAUGCGGGGCACUAAAUGUAACUGGCUCUAGUAAAUGUUUUUUCUAACUUUACUUUCCCUAGGCUGGAAGGCCAGUUUACUUUUACGUAUUUGAGCAUCGUCCAGAUUUUUCAAAACUUCCCGAGUGGGCUGGCGCAUUUCACGGAGCUGACAUUGGUUUUGUGUUUGGAGCACCUUUCGCGAAUAUUUCAUCGCCGAUGGAAUUUUUUAUUCCCAAAUAUUCUGAAAUUGAGAAGGGGCUGAGUUUGUACAUCAUGAGACUGUGGACUGACUUUGCUAAGUCUGGGUAAGAUCUAAGACCAAAUACUACAGUAAACAACCGCUAAUAAGAACCUACUUUCUUAGGAGUCUGGCAAAAUAGGUUCUUGUAUUUUGGGUACUUAAAGUGGCAGUUUAGCCUAAGUAGUUUCAUAAUCAGGUUCUAUAAAAGGGAUAGUAGAUUUUUCACUAGCAAAAAAAACAUAUAAACUUUUUAUUUAUUCACUAUUGUUUUAUUAUAACCCUUCCAAAACCGCUGAUUGCAGAACUUACAUAUUCAGUUUAGUACAGUGUGUUUUUGUUAUACCUAUAAAUUUACAACUAAAAGUUAUAUUCCUUUGUCAUGUUAUAAAUUGUAUAUUAUAAUUUAACGGUAACCCAAAUGAGAAACUGCUUGACCUUGCUUGUCUAAACAGGUUGUUGUAUUUUGAGGUUUUAAAGCAAAUUUCGGCCAGAACCCUUUGCGACUUGAUAGCUUUCCAGGAAGAUACAUGAAUAGAUAGACAGACAGGUUUUAUCAGCUACAGGCGCUGGUUUACACAAAAGCCGUGAGUUAAAAUAUAUAAAAUAUCCAGCAGAGCUCUUAGUUUUUAAAUGUGGAAAAAAUACGUUUAAAACUGUAAUAAAUAAUAGACAGCAAAACUGCGAGAGCUUGCGAGCGCUUUUAGGCUUACUUUAUGAAGUGCAAUCCUGUAGGGAAGAGAGUGCAACCAUUUUGCUUUAUUAUAAUUAUUAUUAUUAUUAUUAUUAUUAUUAUUAUUAUUAUUAUUAUUAUUUUGCGCAUGAUCGUAAAUCUUGGUUACAACCAAGCUCCUCAUCUUCUGAUUUUGCUUCGUUUUAAGGGAUCCUAAUGGCCCCCAUUCUCCUGUAACGUGGCCGAAGUUCUCCAAAGUAAACCGAUCCUACCUGGCCCUUGACGUGAAGCCCAAGGAAAAAAAGAAGUAUAGAGCAAAAGAAUUGGAAUUUUGGAAUAGCCUUAUCCCAAAGGUUAUAAGACAAACUAAG